AUGUCUCAGAAUACCCAGAACGUAGUAAUUGAAUACAUCUCCUUACCGGGAACUUCCCAACAAAACACGGAUACGAGUGACCGUAAAUGGAGCAGUGACGAGUCAAGGGUUAUAAUUGACCUAUACGCAAAAUAUAAAGAAAAGGUGGGCAGGUGUGAGAUUAAAAAUUUAAAAAUUUUAUGGCAAAGAAUAGCCACUGAUUUAAAUCAAAUGGGACUUAAUGUAACCCAAAAUAACUGCCUAAUUAGAUGGCGGGUAUUGAAACGAGGCUACAAAAAAUUUAAAGACAACCCAAGUCAAACUGGACGAGGACGAAAAUUUUUCGAAUUUGAAAAAGAAAUGAAUGAGGUGUUUCGGUCGAGACGAAACAUUAUUUCGGAAUUACUGUUAGAGGUGGAUACACACCAUGAGGUGGACACUGUUCUGGAGACAAAUGAAGAAAAUGAGGAAGACAGAAAGGAGUCUGAAGUAGAAACAAUGACAACCAUAAAAACAAUGUCAAAGAAACGCAAGAGAAACGAAAGCUUCAAACGAAGAACAAAUAUGGAAAAUGUACGGAUUGAUAGAAAACAUCUUCAAGAGGAAAGGAUAAGUGUUGAGAGAGAGAAGCAUAGUAUAUUAUAG